GCAUCUAGAAGAGCCUCUCUUUGAUUUGAUUUGGUGAUAGAGAGGCUGUAUGUGCUACUUUAACUAGAAAUAUCAUGUUGCAAGUGCAAGUUUGCUUACCAAUUGUGAAAUUGGCUGAAAAUGGGUUCCAAGUCUUCAAGAAGUACCAGAAGUUGGGCUGCUGUAAGCCUGUAACUCUACAGCUAUAGCAUUCUCUCAGUGGGGAAGAACUAAAAGUUGUAGGCGUGAGAGCGAUUCUUUCGUCCAGAAUAUUGCUUAGUUACAAAACUAAUAGAAACCAUCCAGGUAAUUUGGAAGGAAAUCAAAACUUGGGUAAUGUUAAUAUAUUCAGGUUUUUUUUUUUUUUUUUUUGAAAGGGUAAUGUUAAUCUAUUCAAGUUUUUUUUUUUUUUUAAUUUUAAAUUUGGUAUAAUUUAUGUCUUUUUAAUGUCCCUAGAAAUUUAAAAAAAAAAAAUAUAUAUAUAUAUAAAUAAAUAAAUCCGGAGCCGCCACUUUGAUAACUCCAAUGAUGCUUCCCCAGUUAGCCCUGCAAAUGGGUCUUCUUCACUUCACGUGGCGCUAUCUUCGAUGUAUUUUUCUCAAACUAUAAAUGGGGUACCUAAGAUAGAAUAGAUCCAUACUUAUAACUUGGAGAGAGAAAGAGAAAAAGAAGAAGAAAGAAAUGGCAGAUUUGUUCAUUAAGCAGGCAGAGCAGUACGCAGAGGGAAGGCCUAGUUAUCCUCCAGAAUUGUUUGAAUUCAUUGCUUCCAAGACACCCUCUCACGACCUUGCAUGGGAUGUUGGUGCUGGAAGCGGCCAAGCUGCUCGAUCUCUAGCUGGGAUCUACAAGAAUGUCAUAGCCACAGACACAAGUCCAAAACAACUUGAAUUCGCUCCAAGGUUACCCAAUAUUAGAUACCAACUGACACCUCCUACCAUGUCUAUUGCUGAGCUUGAAUCCAGUAUUGCACCUCAAUCAAGCAUUGAUAUUGUGACCAUUGCUCAGGCCCUCCAUUGGUUUGACCUCCCUAAUUUCUACCAACAAGCGGAGUUGCAAUUGGUACUCAAAAAACCUCAUGGUAUCAUAGCUGCUUGGUGCUACACCGUGCCAGAAGUUAGUGAAUCAGUCGAUGCAGUCUUCCAACCCUAUUAUAAGAUUGCUUUGGAGCCUUAUUGGGAUCCAGCACGUAAACUGGUGGACAACAAGUAUGAGACCAUCGAUUUUCCAUUUGAGCCAGUGGAUGGAGCUGAUCAUACUGUGCCAUUUCCAUUUGUAAUGGAGAGAUUAAUAGAUUUAGAUAAUUAUUUUACAUACUUAAGAUCAUGGUCAGCAUAUCAAACAGCUAAGGAGAAGGGUGUGGAGCUUUUGAGCAAUGAUGUGAUUGAGGAAUUCAAGCGUGCUUGGACUGAAGAUGAACAGGACAAGAAGGUUGUAAAGCAUCCAAUUUAUCUGAGGAUUGGAAGAGUGGGGAAUGAGUAAAUCAAAAGACUAGCUUGGAUAAAUUGUGGCACCUCUCAUAUGAAAAUAAACCAUUUUGUUUCAAAGGAGUGAUGGAUAGUCAUCAUGGAUUCAUUUCCUUUGUCAGUAAAAUUGGGAGUAAUAGAUCAGUUGUGUUUAUCAUGUACAAUGGAAUUCUGCUUUUGAAUGCUAUUAUAUUAGAAAGUAAAUGAUGGCUACCAAAUAUCAUCAUUAAGAUUGUGAUUUUGUUUA